AUGGUGAAACGUCGUACAGCCGCCGUUCUUCCCAUCAAUCUCCCUCAUUUACAACAUUUGGUAAAAAAGGACCCCAAAUCCUACAGGGACGAAUUCUUGCAGCAGUGGAAUCAUUAUGAAACAGUCAGAGAGAUUUUUCUUAUACAACCAUCCAACGAUGUCACUGAAUUUAAUUCUCUUAUAGAUUUUAUUGCUCAAACAUGUAACCACUAUACGGACAUAACUAAGGACUUUUCAAAGGAAUUGAUGGAUUUACUUCUAAAAAAUCAUGAUCAAUUUCCUUUCGAACUCUCUGAAAAAAUUGUACAGGCUCUUGUUUUAUUGAAAAACAAAAGUGCUUUAUCACCUAUUGCACUUCUGCAAUGCUUUUUUCCUUUAUUUAGCAGUAAUCCUUCCCGUACCUUCCGAGAGCUCCUAUAUGAACAAGUUUCUUUAGCGGUGCGCAAUGCAAACAAAAAAGCUAAGGACGAUAAACUGAACAAAGCUGUUCAAGCUGCUUUAUUUACCUUAGUAGAAACUUCGGAUACGGCUUCUGUAACACAUACGGAUUAUUCGAACAAAAAGCACGAAUAUUCUCCUAAUGAGCUUUCCGGUAUGUGGGCCGUAAAAAUGGUUCAAGACUUGUGGAAACGAAACAUUUGGUCUGGCGAUGCUCGUGCAGUCAAUAUUAUGAAGACAGCCGCCUUAUCGAACAACACCAAAGUUAUGCUUAGCGGUGUCUAUUUCUUCUUAGGGGCCGAUACCCAAGGCGAAGAAGAAGAGGGCUCGGACGAAGAAGAAGAUACAGAUGUUGGUCGAUUAAAGCAUCAGUCGACCAUUAAUAAGAAAACCAGGUCUCGUGAAACCCAAAUAGAGCGUAUACGUGCUCGUAUGAAGAAGAAAGAAAAGGGAAAGUUGGCACCCCCUACGAACGUUAACUUCCCUGCUCUGCAACUUCUAUACGAUCCUCAAGGGUUCGCCGAAGAGCUUUUUGAAAAGCAACUAGUGAAUUCGAAGCGCUCUUUGUCUAUGGAGCAUAAGCUUGUGGUUCUUCGUCUCCUCACAAGAUUGAUUGGUAAUCAUAAGUUGACUGUUUUAGGACUUUAUUCAUACAUGAUGAAAUACCUAACCCCUUAUCAGCGCGAUGUUACCCAGUUUCUUGCUUGCUUGGCUCAAGCCAGCCAUGAGUUUAUUCCUCCUGAUGUUUUAGAGCCUUUAAUUCGAAAAAUCGCCGAUGAGUUUGUCACUACAGGAGUCGCCAAUGAAGUUGUUUGUGCAGGUAUUAACGCCAUUCGAGAAGUUUGUGCACGUUCUCCUUUUGCAAUGACAGCGGAUCUUUUACAGGACUUGACUGAGUAUAAGUCUAGUAAGGAUAAGGGUGUUACGAUGGCUAGUCGUGGUCUCAUUAGUUUGUAUCGUGAGGUUGCUCCUGAUAUGUUGAAGAAGAAAGACCGAGGAAAGGUUGCAUCGAUGGAGUUGAAGGAUCGCAUUCCAAUUAGGUUCGGUGAGGAACUGAAUGUUGUCCAUGGUAUCGAAGGUUUAGAACUGCUUGAGAAAUACAAAAACGAAAUUAAAGAUGAUGGAAAUGAGGAAGACGAUGACAAGUGGGAAGUUGCGGACAACGACAGUGAUUCAGGAGAGAGCGAAGGCUGGGUUAACUUAAAAAGCGAUGAUGAUAUUGACAUCAGCGACAGUGAAGAGGAAAGUAAUGAUAAGAUAAACACCGAAGGAACAUCGGAAGAUAAAGCUAAGUCUGAAGACAAUGAGAACAAACAGGAAGCCUCUAAUUUGGCUGCUCGUUCAAUAUUGACCCCAGCUGAUUUGGAGAAACUGGGAGAACUCCGCGAAAAAGCUAACGUUGACCGCUUGGUUCAUGGACCAAAACGUGUGCAUGACAAUGACGCUGUCGUUGAUGCAUAUGAUAUUGAAGGACCAAGGAAAAGGAUGAAAGAUGAUCGCGAAGGUCGUUUGGCCCGUGUCAUGGAAGGUCGUGAAGGCCGCGAAAAAUAUGGCUCCAAGAGUAACCAAUUUAAUCCUACAAGUCUUUCAAACAAGAGAAAGCAAAAGACCAAGAACUUUAUGAUGAUUAAACAUAAAGUUAAAGGAAAGGCUGGUAGAAGUCUUAUGCAGAAGCGAAAAUCUUUGCGAGACCAUAUUGACCGCGAGAAAAAACGUAUUAAGUAA